AUGCCUCUGUCACUCAUUGAAUCGUUAUUUUUCUUUCUGUCCGUCUCUGUCGGUCUUUCUGGCGCGCAGCAACAGUAUCGCAAUCCAGCGCCCGCCUACAUAGUGAAGCCGGAUCCGACAGCAUAUAUAGACUUUCUGCCGAACAACCCUGGCCAUGGUAUCUUUCGGGACAAGAAUACCACGGUGACGCCUUGGUCCCCGAUCAACAUCAGCGGGCUCUUGCCGGAGUAUGGGAGACCGGAGGCAUGCGGUGUCGAGACGCCCGCGCCACAGAGCCGUUUCUGGCUGCCCGACUUCCAAGGAGCGCAAGAAGGCAUCAGUCCGUUCUUGGUCAACGGACAUCGUUACAAGGUCUUUCGCAAUGUCAAGGACUAUGGAGCCGUCGGCGAUGGAGUUACAGAUGACACAGAUGCUUUCAACCGGGCUAUUACAGAGCAAUCCAGGAUGGGCGGCGGGAGGGGUAGCGGAGGUAUGUCUUGAAUGUCAAUGUGAAGCAUUCGAAUGGCUGAUCGGGUGGCAAGGGGUGACUGGACAGCCGGCACUGAUCUAUAUCCCGUCCGGAACAUACUCGAUAUCUUCUUCGAUUCAGCUGUUCAUCGAUACACAGGUCAUUGGGGACCCCAUAGAUCCACCCACCAUCAAGGCAUCUUCCAUCAUGAACAACAACACCAUUCUCAUCGACGGCUAUGAUUUUGGUAAGUACCGCCCCCUUGAGCAAAGUCAUGCCCUAACCCUCGUCCUAGGCAUGCAGUCCACCAACAACUUCUACAUUGGUCUACGGAACAUCAUUCUCGACACAAGUGGUGCUUCGUCUGCGGAUACCAUUUACGCUUUGAAUUGGGCUGUCUCCCAGGCGACCAACCUCGUCAAUGUCAACGUCACCAUGCCCGUGGGUAGCCAACACAUUGGCCUUGAGAUGGACGGCGGCUCGAGUGGUGGUGGCUCUGGUCUGUUCAUGGGCGACCUCGCCUUCGAAGGCGGCUUGAUUGGCAUUCUGUUCAGCAACCAGCAGUACGCGAUCAAGAACGUCAAGCUGAAAGACAUUGGCACCGGAAUCGCUGUCCGACACGCCUUUGUUCUGGCACUCCAGGGCAUUGAGUGCGAGAAUGUAGGCAUUUGUGUCGACGCCGGUCAGAUCGACAUCACCGGAUCGGUGAGCCUCAUCGACAGUAGCUGCGAUACAUGCGGCGUCGUCGUCAAUGGCAGCGCCAACGUCUUGCUGGAGAAUAUCGACGUCAACAAUUCCGGCCCAACUCUCAAGAUCAACGGCACGUCCCGCGGCAUCUCCAACCUCGUCGGCAAGACCUACGCUUCGGGACACGUCUACAAAGGCGCGAGCGGUCAGCCGGUUGCCGCGAAUGGAACCUUCCUGCCCUACACGCAGAGAGGCAGCCUGGUGGAUGCAAGCGGCAAGUAUUUCACGAAGAAGCAGCCGCAGUAUGAAGAUCUUCCUGCUUCCGCCUUCGCAUCUGUCAGGGAUGCUGGCGCCAAGGGAGACGGUGUCCACGAUGACACGAAGGCCAUCCAGCAAGCGCUGCUGUCGAACGCAGGCUGCAAAGUCACAUACUUCCCCCACGGCAUCUACAUUGUCACAGACACCAUCUACGUCCCACCCGGAAGCCGAAUCGUGGGCCAGGUCUGGUCUACCAUCAGUGCUUCUGGCAAGGCCUUUGCCGAUGACAGUGCACCUAAGCCGAUGAUUCAAGUUGGAAAGGCGGGCGAGGUUGGUCUCGCGGAGUUCACAGACAUGCUCUUCACAGUGGCAGAUGUCCUCCCCGGAGCAAUCUUGGUCGAAGUCAACAUGAAGGGCGCCAAUCAAGGGGACGUCAGCUUUCACAACUCCCACUUCCGUAUCGGAGGAGCCGUCGACUCACGCACCGAGACGGCCUGUCAGACCAUCUCCGACCCAUGCAAAGCUGCCUUCCUGGUCAUGCACCUCCGCAAAACCAGCUCGUCCUACAUCGAGAAUGCCUGGCUCUGGAGCGCAGACCACGACCUGGACGGCGUGCUGAACCAGCAGAUCGGCACCGGUCGCGGCAUGCUCAUCGAAGCGACCCAAGGCACCUGGCUCGUGGGCACCGGCAGCGAGCACCACACCCUCUACGCCUACCAGCUCGACAACGCCCAGAACGUCUACGCCUCCCUCAUGCAAGUCGAAAGCCCCUACUGGCAGCCGCUGCCCCGCGCCCCCGCGCCCUGGACCCCGGACCCCCAGUGGAACGACCCGGACUUCGCGGGCUGCAAGGGCAACGUCUCGCAGUGCUACAUGCAAUGGGCGCUGCGCAUCGUGGGCGCCGACACGCACACGCUCGCGCUGUACGGCCAGGGUUUCUGGACUUUCUUCAACGGGCCCAACUACGGCAGCUGCACGGGGCCGAAUGGCAAUUGCCAGAUCAAUAUUGUCGACUUUGCGGCCAAUCUCACCCGCGGCGAUGGCGUCGGACUUUUCAAUUUGAACACGAAGGGUGUGCAGAAUAUGGUGACGCUCGGGGGCAGUGGGGGCAAGAUUGCCGUGGCGGCGAGCGCGAAUGCUGGGAGCUGGGGGGGCGUUUUGGCGGCGUAUCUUGGCUUUCAGUAG